GUUCUAGGCGGAAGAACUCAAACAGAAAAUAUGUGAGCUCUCUCUUCCUUUUUCAAUAUAUUCUGGUCAGGCGGCAAGGCUCAACGAUAUUACUUGUGACUAAAUUUAACUCCGUAGAAUCGGAAAACAUAACAUUCUUCCUUCAACUGCGUGUAUAUAUAAGUAUGCACGAGAGCAUAAUCAUGGGGUUGCAGUCAAAUCCAAAGAAGUUGAAGAGAGAUCAAGGGAUAAGGCAAAGAUCACCAUCAUAGAUAAUCAUGAAGAAAGAGACCUCUGGUUCUCUGGGGGGGUAUAUAAAGCAUGCGAUAGCGUCCUGGUUCCUGGGCUGUAUGGGGAUGAACAACAAGAAGGAAGAGAAGAUGGACUAUAAUAAUAAGACGGCGAAAAGAUGGAGACAGCUCAGCGGUGAAACUCACUGGAAAGGCAUCCUCGACCCUCUCGACCUAGACCUGCGCAGAUGCAUUAUCCACUACGGCGAAAUGGCACAAGCCGCAUACGACACUUUCAACACGGAGAAGAAAUCGAAGUUCGCCGGAAGCAGCCGGUACGCCAAAAGCGACUUGUUCGCAAGGGUGGGUUUGGAGAAGGGGGAUGGCCAUCCCGUCAAGUAUUGCAUCACCAAGUAUCUGUACGCGACGUCGGAGAUCGACGUGCCGGAGGCGUUCAUAGUGAAGUCGUGGUCGAGGGAGGCGUGGAGCAAGGAGUCGAACUGGAUAGGGUUUGUGGCGGUGGCGACGGACGAGGGGAAGGCGGCGAUGGGACGGAGGGACAUAGUGGUGGGUUGGAGAGGGACGGUGCAGACGUUGGAGUGGGUUAAUGAUUUUGAGUUCAUUUUGGUGUCUGCUUCAAAAGUGUUUCAAAGGGACACUGAUCCCUUGUUACACCAAGGUUGGUACUCUAUUUACACAUCCGAAGACCCUCGUUCUCCCUUCAAUAAGACCAGUGCCAGAAACCAGGUUCUGAGCGAGAUCAGAAGAUUGGUGGAGUUAUACAAGUACGAAGAAAUAAGUAUAACUAUAACAGGGCACAGCUUAGGAGCAGCACUGGCGACACUGAGCGCAGCGGAUAUAGUUGCAAAUGGCUUUAACGCACCCAGAGAUCAACCUUCAAAUUCAUGUCUAGUCACGGUCUUCGCAUUUGCUAGUCCUCGUGUGGGAGACCUAAACUUCCAGAAGCUUUUCUCAAAGUACAAGGAUCUUCGAGUCCUACGCAUUCGAAAUGAACUAGACAUCGUUCCAAACUACCCUCUGAUAGGCUAUUUUGACGUUGGGGAAGAACUGAAGAUCGAUACGAGAAAAUCAAAGUACUUGAAGACCCCUGGGAAUGCAUCGAGCUGGCAUAACUUGGAAGCUUAUUUGCAUGGGGUGGCGGGAACGCAAGGAAGCCAGGGAGGGUUCAGGUUGGAGGUGAAUCGUGAUAUUGCGCUCGUGAACAAAUCUUCGGAUGCUUUGAAAGAGUUUCUUGUUCCUGCGGCCUGGAGAAUUGAGAAGAACAAGGGUAUGGUACAACAGCUUGAUGGAUCUUGGAAGUUGAUGGAUCAUGAGGAGGAUGACUUUUGAUGAAUAUCUGAGAUGGAUCAUCAUCACAAAGCUGGAAAAAUAAAAAACUCAGCACACUAUGGAUCAGAUUCUUUCUUUCUUUUCUAAGCCUUCCAUUAUUCUGUUUUACCCUUCGCGGCUAAAAUAAUUUCACCCAUAUGUUUCUGCAUAAGCUUCAGCUACACCAUAUCAGUGUAAGAAAUGAUCUUGAAAGAUAUCGAUUACUUGUCUCGUUGGUUUCCUAAUCUAUUUAUAAGUGGGGGUCA